CGCGAUCAUCAUUCCCUCGGCCCCUCGACAUCGACACUACUUACCCGCAGCAACCAUCAUGGUUUUCCUUCCCCCACCAUCGUGGACCGAAUUCGCCUGGCCCCUGCAGUUCUGUGCAUUCGUGGCGGCGGCAACAUACAUCGCAUCCAUUGUAACGGCCAAUGUAUCCCAAGUUGACCGUCUCUGGACAUUUCUUCCACCCCUCUAUUCUGCCUACUUCGCCUUGCUGCCUCUGUGGCCCAAGUCAGUUCAGCCGUUUCCAUUGUGUCCGUAUGUUCCCCGUGAGCUCGUGGCGGUCGCCAGCGACUACAGCCCACGCGCCGUGUUGAUGCUAGCGCUCGAAGUUAUCUGGAUGUUCAGGCUCAGCUAUAACACCUACCGUCGCGGUCUGUUCAGCUUGAAGGACGAAGAUUAUCGAUGGGCAGUGCUCCGUACCCAGCUCCCCGCGUGGUUCUUCCAAGUCAUGAACUUGGUUUUUAUCUCUGGAAUUCAGAACGUACUCCUUCUAUCGCUUGGUAUUCCAGCAUACAUUGCGGCAGUUCAGCAACCUCACAGCAAUCUCGCUCUCUCUGACGUCGUCCUUGCAUUAUCCAGUCUUGUCAUGCUUUGCCUUGAAUUUAUAGCUGACAAUCAGCAGUACGCUUUUCAUGCCUAUAAACACUCCUAUCUUAAAGGCACGGGUGACUACGCUGAAAAGAAGCAGUGGGUCGGUGCCCGUCUCAACUGGAUUCCAGCAGAUGCAAAAAGAGGAUUUGUGACUCGUGGAUUGUGGGCGUACUCCAGGCAUCCAAACUUUACAUGCGAGCAGCUUUUUUGGUGGAUGAAUACAUUCUUCCCUGUAGCCGCCCAGUUCCCUCUGGACAUUCCCCUCUGUUCCUUUUCUCGAUGCGUUGAAAACGUCUUCCACAUCUACGCAUACCUUACUACGACGCCCGUAGCAGAGAUCUUCAGGACCGCAUCAUCAUUUUGGCCUCUGCUUCCAGCUGCAAGCUUGAGCUUACUUUUCAUUGCGUCUACGAAAUACACGGAACAGAUUACGAAGUCGAAGUAUCCUUCGUAUACAUUCUAUCAGAAGAGAGUUGCGAUGUUUGGUUUUAUCAAAACAAUGGAGAUGUCUUUAUAUUACAAGCUGAGGGGAGGGGAACAGAAGAAACAAAUUGAGAAGGAGCUAUGGGGUUCGGAUACGGGAAAGGUCAAACAGUACUAAUUUUCUUCUUGGGUCCUUUCAAUAUUUAUGUUCUGUAUUGAAGUAGUAAUGAAAAUAUCAGAAAUCAUGUAGCUGUGU